UUUUUAUAUGGAUUUGUUUACGUAUAUCUGAAACCCCAUUUUUUAUUCAGGAGAUUUGUUUUAUUUUGAUUAAAAAACUUUCGUAAAUGUUGACCAGAAGCAUUGUUCAGAAUACCAAUUUGAUUACCUAGAGAGAGAGAGGAAGAAGAAAAGAGCAAUUUAGAGAUGGCGGCCUAUGCAGCUCUACUUUCUCUCAAGUAUAUCAUCCAACAAAUUCAGCUUCAUCCUCGCCCUCCAAUUUCUCUUCACCAAAACCAGGCCGAUUCUCUCACCGACAACCUCAAUUUCUUGCAAGAUUUUCUUGAAGGUUAUUCGUAUGGCAGCAGCAUCAGCAGAGAAGCAGUAGAUGUUUUGGAAAGUCGUAUUAAGAAUGCAGCUCUUGCGGCAGAAGAUCUAAUCGAAACCCGAGUUGUCGAUCAAAUUCUCGUUGGUGAAAGAGUCAGCUCCAGUGACUUCCAUCAAGAUCUGGAGAUGGUAAUCCAAGACAUGGUUUUCAUCAAGAAAGAUGUGAUGGAAAUUAAAGAGAAUAAUAUUGGAAUUGAAGAUCACCUGCACAUAAAUUCUUCGACACUUGGUGGUGCCGGUUCAUCAAGCUCACCUUCGACGAGGCAGAACGCCAUGGUUGGUUUUGAUGAUCUCUUAAUUGAAGUCAUGGAUAAGCUCAGUGAACAACAAUCCAAUCUCCGCAUCAUCCCGAUUGUUGGCAUGGGCGGCAUUGGUAAGACUACUCUUGCUAGAAAUGUUUAUGCUAAGCCACUCAUUAUGCAUCACUUUGAUAUUCGAGCUUGGGUUACAGUAUCUCAAAACUACAAUGUGCAAGAUAUUCUUAUAGAAAUUCUUCUUUGUAUUAGCAAAGACGAGAGCCUGGAAAGCUUGAGUGCGAAAAGCGAAGGUGAAUUAGGUGAAAGAGUACACAAAAGUUUAUGGGGCAGGAGAUAUUGGAUUGUAUUGGAUGAUAUUUGGAGUGCUGAGGCAUGGGAUAAAGUGAAUCUCUUCUUUCCAGAAAAUGGUCAAAGAAGCAGAAUAAUGAUAACCACUAGGGUAUCAGACGUUGCUUCGAUUGGCUCUCACGGCAUUGUGAUGGAUUUCUUAAAUGAGGAGAAGAGUUGGGAUCUACUGUGCAGAUCUGUAUUUGAAGAUGAAGACGAUUGCCCUCCUGAAUUGGAGGAAAUAGGAAAGAAGAUUGCCAAAAAUUGCGAAGGACUUCCUUUGUCAAUAGUUGUGAUUGGAGGACACCUAGCGAAGUCUAAGCGCACAAGAGAACAUUGGGAAUAUAUUUCAGAAAACACAAACACAAUUGUAAAUUUGGAAGACAACGAGCGUUGCUUAAAAGUAUUACAAUUGAGUUAUAACCAUUUGCCGGUACAUCUAAAGCCAUGUUUUCUUUAUAUGGGAGUUUUUCCAGAGGACAACAAGAUCCGUGUCUCAUGUCUCGUAAAACUAUGGGUUUCUGAAGGAUUUGUGAAACCAAUUAACGGCAAAAGCUUGGAAGUGGUUUCGGGAGAGUACUUGCAGGAGCUCUGUGAUAGAAACCUGAUUUCCGUUCAUAAAAGGGGGUCUUAUGGAAAUAUCAAGUUUUGCAGCAUCCAUGAUCUCUUGAGGGAUUUAUGCUUGAGAGAAGCUGAGAGAGAGAAGUUCUUUUAUGUCACAAGAUUACAUGAACCUACCAUUCCGCAGGGCAUAAAUACCCAACGCCGCAUUGGUAUUCACCAAAGCAUGUCGAAGAAGGAUUAUCACCAUGAUCCAGUCCUUCAUACGUUGCAAUAUGUGCCUCUUGUUCGUUCUUUGAUUUGCAAUUUUGAAGAAGGUUUACCAUUACUUGAUUUUAGAUUGUUGAGGGUGCUGAAAGUCGAUGAUAAAAAGUUACUUAACGAUAACAACAGACAAUACGAGUAUUCCGUAGAAGUUGUCUUUCGGCUAGUUAACCUGAGGUUCAUUGCUAUCCAAUCUGAUGGGCCUAAAAGUUCCGGAUUUCCUUCUUCAGUCAAUCUCCUUUGGAAUCUACAGACUCUAGUUGUAAAUGGUACCUGGGACGUUGUUGCACCAUGUGAAAUUUGGAACAUGACUCAACUUAAGCAUGUUAAUUUCGAUCGACUUGAGCUGCCUGACCCUCCUACCGGUGGGAAAGAUGACGAGUUUGUUUUGGGGAAUCUGCAAACACUCACUAAUAUAAGAAAUUUCAAAUGUGGAAAAGAGAUAGUAAAGAGAAUCCCCAAUAUUAAUAAAUUACAAAUAUUUUACUAUGAGGAACCUCAGGGAUUUUUGAGUUACUGUCUCGACAAUCUUGGCCAUCUACAUAAACUCGAGUCCUUGCGUUUCUCCCUUAAUCCCAUAAAUAAGCCAUCCCUGAAUGAUUUGGUGGAGAAUUUCAUCCUCCCCAAUUCCCUCAAGAAGUUGACUUUGGAGGGGACCUAUCUCAAAUGGGAAGAAAUGAACACAAAGAUAGGUUUGUUACCCAAUCUUCAAGUCCUCAAACUGAAGGCAAGUUCCUUUGUAGGGGCCGAGUGGGAAACGGUUGAAGGGCAAUUUUGCAACCUUAGAUACUUGCUAAUCAACAUGUGUAGUGAUCUGGAAUGGUGGACGACAGAUAGCUCCAGCUUUCCGCGCCUCGAGCAUCUUGUCCUUCAACAAUUAGAUAAGUUGAAUGAGAUCCCUUCAGGUAUUGGAGAAAUACCAACUCUUCAAUCGAUUGAGUUGAAUCUGUGUCACGACGAUGCCGUUAUUUCUGCUAAAAGUAUAUUCGAUGAACAAGAGGAUCUUGGCCUUCGAGUUCGAGUUGUCGCUCGGGAUUCACACUUAGAGAGCCUGGCUGGUCCCAACUUUCAAGUUGAAACUUGGUGAGAACUCAAUCUUCAUAACAUAUGUGUGUGUGAGUGUGU